CCCGGGUGGGAAAGGCAGGUUACGGGGAGAUGGAGAGGAGCCCCGAGGGUGGGCACACACCCAGCGUGCCAGCCGGGCUAGGCACAGUGCCCCCCGCCUGUGGGUGGCUCUGGGGACAGAUGGGGACGGUACAGCCCGAGCAGCAGAGAGGGGACAGCGAGGAUGGCGCGGGGGGGCUUGCCUGCCGCACGGACGAGAGGCGCCCACCCCCGGGAAGAGCGGCCCCGGAGCCGCCGGCCCUGCCCGGCGCAGCCGUGCCCGGCGCUCACCUCCCGGGAGCCGGUCACCGAGGUGCUGUAGACCUUGAGGGUGCUCAUGGUGCGAUCGCGGCCGCUCCCAGCGCUGGCCCGGCCGAGGGAGGCAGGCGGGCGGGGAGGGAUGGAGGAGGAGCGGCAGCACCGCCGCCGCCCGGCAUGUGACUGCGGGGGCCAAUGGGGCCCGCGGCACCGGGCAUGCGGCCUCGGCGGGGCCGGCCCGGGACAGCGCCCCGCCGGCACCGGGAGCACCGGGCACCGCCCCGCCGGCACCGGGAGCACCGGGUACCGGGGAGCACCGGGCACCGCCCCGCCGGCACCGGGGAGCACCGGGCACCGCCCCGCCGGCACCGGGAGCACCGGGUACCGGGGAGCACCGGGCACCGCCCCGCCGGCACCGGGGAGUACCGGGUACCGCCCCGCCGGCACCGCGAGCACCGGCACCGGGAGCACCGAGCACCGCCAGCACCGACACCGGGGAGCACCGGCACCAGAGAGCCACUGACACCGCCCCGGCGGCACCGGCACCGGGAGCACCGAGCACCGCCAGCACCGACACCGGGGAGCACCGGCACCAGAGAGCCACUGACACCGCCCCGGCGGCACCGGCACCGGGAGCACCGGAGAGCCACUGACAUCGCCCCGUCAGCACCGACACCGGGGAGCACCGGGUACGGCCCCGGUGGCACCGCGACCACCGGGCACUGGAGAGCAGCGGGCACCCACUGA